AUGCCUGCAGAAAGAGCUCCUGUGAAGAGAUACCUCUUGCCAAGGAAGAAAAUAACCAACAGUCUCAGUCCUUGCGAUGUUGUUGUUUGUACACUGUUGAAAUUUGAUAAAGAGCAGACUGAGCAGAUCCCAUGUGACAAAUACUCAAAGAAUGUGCAGUCAAAACCUUUCCUCUGGAAGGGUAGUGGCAUAGGUCCUGCUUCUGGAGUUACCAUAGCCAAACUGAAAGCUACGGUGGCAUCUGAGACUUUGAAAAAUGAAGAAUUUGAAGAAUCACUGAGGCAGAUGACUCAGUUGAUGAAACAAAUCAAGAAGAAGACGAGGAGGUUGAAACAGCAGCGGCUGAAUUGA